UUAGUGGUAGUAAAAUAAAAAAAAAAAUUGUUAGAGGUAGCAAAAUUGAAUAACAGGUCUUUUUGUGGUACCAAAAGUCAAAAUUUCAUUAAUUAUUCCGUAAAAUUUCCUUUUUUCCUUCUAAGAAAAUAUUUAAAAAAAAAAAAUUGAAAGCAUCACUGUCACUCUCCCAAAUUCCCAUUUUUCUGGGGUUUAAGGUGGGUUUUUGGCAGCUUCAUCUGCAACUCUCUCUAAAAUCAACUCUCUUCACAAAACAUCGAAGAAGAAGGAGCAGCAAUGGCUGGAAGAUUAGGAAGACGAGUAGUACACUUCGCCAACCUCCCAAUCAAGCUCCUUAUGCCUUCUUCCUUCACCAACAUCACCGAAAUCUCUCUCAAAACCAUCCCUUCUGCUUCCAAGAUCGAAAUCAAGAGGGUUUUGGAAUCAUUGUAUGGGUUCGAAGUCGAAAAAGUUCAAACCCUAAAUAUGGAAGGAAAGAAGAAGCAAAGAGGUGGUAUUCUUCUUGCUAAACCCGAUUACAAGAAAGCGUUUGUAACCCUAAAAACCCCUUUAUCAAUUUCGCCUGAUCUUUUCCCUAUUAAGGUGAUUGAGGAUGAUAAGAAGGAAUUGAAUAAACAGUCUAAGACUAGCAUUGUUGAGGCUGAGGGUCAGAAGAGGUCUCAUUGGCUUGAAGGCGAUGGAAACCGACCCGAUAAGGCCACUCCACGAUACCGCCGUGGUGUUGGGGGAUUUGCUCCUCCUCGCCCUUGUCGUACUGCUGGGGGUGCUCCCGAGACAGCGAAAUUCCCGUGGACUAGUAUGAAGAGGACCCCUGCUGCUUCUAGGUAGAUGCUUUACUUUUGGUAUUUUGUUACUGAUUAAUUAUAAGCAUGAGGUACUUGAUGAGAUAAGGUUGUUGUUUAUCAUGAUAUCAUCUAAUAGAGUUAUUUGAGAUUUUUUGCUGCUGUUUUAGUGGUAAUGCUGCCAUUGAUGUUUUGGUUUACCAGGAUUGUGACAAAUUAUUUUGAUGUUGAAAACCUGCCAUAUUGUUGGUGUUCAGUAAUAAUGUUCUCACAGCUAUGUGAUUCUCUUUCUCAA